GCGGCACCACCUUCAAUCAGAGCCCUUCACCAAAAAAUAUCUAUUUUGUUUUAUUCCUUGAUACGUCUCGGUAAUAGGAAGUAUCUAUCAUCGCCUCAUCCUAGUGAACACCAUGUCUCGUCGAACCCCAGUCCAUUCGGCGAUUUCGGAGCCUAACACUGGCAACGGUGUAGGUGGAGAUGUCAGUCAAGAGAAGCAGAAAAAACUGCUCCAGGCAGAGACAGGGCAUUUUAGCAUGAUUCGGACCUUGCACCUUGCGGAUCUUAUAACUGAAUUGAAUGGCUUUUGCGGAUUCAUGUCGGUCCUGUCGUCGAUGCGAUACUUGACGGAGCCCGAAAGCAUUGGUAAUGUCUGGUUAGCGCUUGCGUUCAUGCCUUUUGGUCUAUUCUUCGACUUUAUGGAUGGUCGAGUUGCAAGAUGGCGCAAAAAGUCGUCUUUGAUGGGUCAAGAGCUGGACUCUCUGGCAGACUUGAUCUCUUUUGGCGUUGCACCCGCUGUAGCAGCGUUCGCCAUUGGAAUUCGAACUUUCGCAGACCACCUCUUCCUUAGCUUCUUCGUCCUUUGUGGCUUGACAAGACUAGCACGAUUCAACGUCACCGCUGCCGUUCUUCCCAAGGACAAGACCGGAAAAUCGAAAUACUUUGAGGGCACCCCGAUACCCACUUCCCUAUCUAUUGCGAGCCUCAUGGCCUACUGGGUUUCUCAAGGCUGGAUCCACGAAAACUUGCCGUGGGGUACUAUUCUCAAAGGCACCGUACUUGAAUUUCAUCCAGUUGUAUUGUUGUUUGCGCUCUGGGGCUGUCUGAUGGUUAGCAAAACAUUACGUAUACCCAAGCCAUGAGAUGUGUCUCAUUUGAGCAAGACCUAUGAGGUUCGGGGACUAUAUAGAGGAACCUGUCGCUUGGACGAGUUGUGCAAACAGUUGCACAUUUAAAAGUUAUGGUAGUAUGUCUAGGAGUUGCAAAUGAAUGGUAUUAUUUACUGAAUUAG